AUGAUGCCUUCGGCAAAUGACACUGGAGUGACUACAAUUGUGGAGGCCAUUGUGGAGGCCCCAAUGAAUGCGACCACUGGCAUGGAUCAUGCUGACGAAGGAACACACAACAUGACAGGCAUGAAUGGAAAUCAUUCUAACAUCUUUGGCCACGACAAUGAGAUGGAUGGACUUAUUGAGGAUGACAGUGGAGAAACUCAAGCUCCUGGGAACCAGACUUCCUCCAACAGCACAGGUCCACCACCCAGCGAGAUGUCUGCUGGUGUUACAAUUCAAAUACAUGUCAUGUGGGCUACGGCUAUUGUGAUGUCAAGUUGCUUCAUUGUGUAG